AUGGAGCUCACAGAAGUCGCUGGAACCAUGAGCGAUUCUGAUAGGUCGUCCUGUAAUGAGGUGCGCCAGCGUAGAAAACACACUCGUACUCUUUCUGUUGGUGUGGGCCUUGAUACCUCCCGCAACUCACUGCGCCCGUGUGUUUUCCCCCAAAUCGCCACAACUUCCCACCACUCUCCAUCCUCUCCAAAUGCGUCUCCUCCCCUGAAACACCGCCGUGCGGCCAGUUACGGCGGAACGGGAGAAAAUCUGUUCAAAAAUGCGACUCGAGUGGUUGAACAGGCUGAGGAGUUUAUGAUGCACCUGUGGGAAAGCGUGGGUUGGCACGUCGUCCACUACACGCACUUGCCAGAGUGGCUCAGGGACAAUGACUAUCUCCUCUGGGGUCACAGGCCCCAGUUAGCUACAUUUAAGCAAUGUUUUCGGUCAAUAUUCCGCAUUCACACCGAAACUGGGAACAUCUGGACUCAUUUACUUGGUUGCCUCUGUUUCCUAGUCUUGUGCAUUUCCUUCCUCGUGCACCCUGGACUGGACUUGCCUUGGGAGGAGGUUCUUGUAAUUACAGUGUUCUUCGUCAGUGCUAUCCUCGCCCUCGGCUUCUCUUGGACCUUCCACACCGUCUCCUGCCAUUCCGAACACGUUGGGCGUAUCUUUAGCAAGCUCGAUUACAUCGGCAUUGCCUUGCUAGUAAUAGGCUCGUUUGUGCCGUGGAUACACUAUUCCUUUUAUUGCCACGUUCCUUCCAAAGUCAUCUACCUCAGUGGAAUCAUCAUUCUGGGCAUCGUUUGCAUGGUGAUCACCAGCCAGGACCAUUUUAGAACACCUAGGUACCGUGGUGUUCGUGCAGGAUUGUUUAUUGGCCUGGGUCUUUCGGCAGUUGUGCCCUUUGUCCAUUACAUCUUCCUGGAAGGGUUGCUGGACACGACGAGUUUCUCUGCAGUGUGUUGGCUGAUUCUGAUGGCUUUUCUCUAUAUCGCGGGGGCUUUAAUCUACGCCUUUCGUAUCCCCGAGUGCCUUUACCCGGGAAAAUUCGACAUUUGGAGCCACCAAAUCUUUCACGUUUUCGUGGUACUGGCCGCGCUUGUGCACCUCAACAGCAUUCUAGAGAUCGCGGAGUAUCGCCAUUCCAAACGCGAAUGCAACAUCCCACCUUAA